GUCACCAGGGCAUUUCAGCAGUCGGUGUGGCCAAGCCCCUUUAAAACAUUACGCAUAUCGGGGGCUGGCGUAUCUGGGGCUGUCGUGAGGUAAUCUAUCCAUUCUCGCCACUAUUCGCCGGGCAGGCUUACAUGUGGUAAUCGUAGAAAGUGCACAGUGCAACAUGAGAAAAAAGCUAUAACAAUAAGAUCGCGCACGAGUUGGUUUUAAGCCGGGAAAUGUACAUGGAACAUUGCAGACUUUACUAAAGCUGAAGGUUGUUUGAUCUCGUGAAACAAUCUUAAACCAGCAGAAAACUAAUACCAACCAAACGCAAGUUUGAACGAAAAUUGAAUUUGCGUUAUCCUGACCCCUGGGAACCGUUGUGAUUUGCCUGGAUUUAAAAGCACAAGUUGCUGACAAAUUGGAUAAGCUUGCCCCUGACGGCACUGAACUCACUUGCCUUGUAUCCAGAACGAAACGGCGGGUCGUGGAAUAAACCUCAUUUAUCUGAAUUUAAGGUUUGAGCUGGUACACGUGUAAUUCCGGAACGUUUGGAAUGUAAGCGAAGGAACAGUAGAAAUUGUAAUACUACAGGGCUGGAUCUCAAUAGUCUAGAGUGGCUUCGUCUCCUUUCCUUCAUCUGCACUGAUGUGAAAGAGCUGGACAGGUGAACGCUAUAUCCCGAUUGGAGCCGUAGAGGAGGUGUUUUUAACCAAACCAAGCUGCUGGGAGGUCAAGAGGUGACAUGCCUCUGUAACACAUUGUUGGAAACAAAUGAUUGGUUGCCAUGCCUCCGGGGAUGGCGCGACGUGGUUUCUCAGUCCCAGCGGCGGUCCCAGUACUGUCGCUGCUGCUGCUGCUAGCCGCCAGCUGGCCCUCCUAUGGCCUGGCCUGGGCUUCUGACCCCUCCUCCACCCUCUACUCCCCUUACCCCACCUUCACCCGCACAGACACCCUCUUCGAGCACCUGGCCCUGCACCCGGACCCCGCGGUGGGGCGCAUCUACGUGGGGGCGCGGGACCACCUCUUCCAGCUGGACCGCCACCUGAACGCCGAGCUCCAGGACAACACUGGGCCCGUGACGGACAGCCGCGAGUGCCUGCCCCCCGUCACCGAGAGCAACUGCCCGCAAGCGCGGCGCACCAGCAACCACAACAAACUCCUGCUGGUGGACCCCUACUCCAUGGAACUGAUCACUUGCGGCAGCGUCAACCAGGGCAUCUGCCAGAAGCGGAGUCUGGACUCGGUUGGUACGGUGCUGUUCUCGGCCGAGCGGCCUGUGGACACACAGUACGUGGCUGCCAACCACCCCAACGUGAGCACGGUGGGCCUGGUGGUGCGAUCCCGCCCCGACCGCCAGCCCGUGCUCUUCGUGGGCCGUGGCUACACCAGCAGCCACCCACCCAUCUCCACUCGCAACCUGGCCCAGGAGCCCGUCUUCUCCUACGAGGAAACGGCGAAGCUAGCGGUGGCGGGCCGCCUCUCGGAGUACGACCACCACUUCGUGGCGUCCUUCGCCCACCGCCAACACGUAUACUUCCUGUUCUACCGCCGUGACCUCAAGUCGCAGUCGCGCGAGUACCGCACCUACGUGUCACGCGUGUGCCUGGACGACCAGGCCUACUACUCGUAUGUGGAAGUGCCCCUGGCCUGUCGCUCGGCGGCCGGUAAGAGCUACAACCUGCUCCAGGCUAUCCGCCUUGGUCUACCACCAAAGGAGAGUGGGGGGGAAGCUGGGCAGGCAGAGGUGCUCCUGGGGGUGUUCUCCACCCGGCAGGCCUCGUCCACGCGACCCAGUGAGGACUCUGCUCUCUGCAUGUUCAAUCUUGACGAUUUGGACCAGAGGAUCAACUCUACCAGGGACCUGUGUUACACACAGUUCGGCCGGGGCGAGGGAGGGGGGGAGGCGGCCUACAUCGAGUACGAGGUCAAAUCCAACUGCGCCAACCUGCCGUCGAACACCCUGGAUGCCUACCCCUGUGGUUCGGACCACACCCCCAGUCCAAUGGCCAGCCGGGUGCCGGUGGAAACCGAGCCCAUAUUGGACAGCCCGUCCGCCCGUCUCACCGCAGUGGCUGUCAGCGUGAGGGUGGGACAUACCAUCGCCUUCCUGGGGGACUCCAAGGGGAACCUGCGCAAGGUGUUCCUGGGCCCUAACGGUGAGGUGGAGGAGUACGCUGUCGUCUCCAUCCAGGCCAACACAGCCAUCAGCUCUGACCUGGUCCUGGAUCAGUCUGAGGAACACCUCUUCAUCAUGACCGCCACCAUGCUGCAGAAGAGGCCAGUGGCAGAGUGCCACGAACACCUGGACUGCCAAGCCUGUCUGUCGGCCCACGACCCCUACUGUGGCUGGUGUGUCCUGGAGGGGAGGUGUGGGCAGAAGUCUCAGUGUUCACACGGGGCUCAGGCGGGCCAGUGGCUGUGGAGCUUCGACAUGGAGCAGCAGUGCCUCACCAUCCAGUCCCUCAGCCCCUCCAACAUCAGCCGCGAGGAGAAGAGACAUAUUGCUCUAUCAGUCCCGGGCCUGCCCAUCCUAGAAGAGGACAACUCAUACUCCUGUUUCUUCCAUGACACUGAGAGUCCUGCCACCGUUACCGAUACGGGCGUCACCUGCCUCUCCCCCGACCCCCACAGGGUGCCAACUGUGCCCCCCGGACAAGAUUUUGUCACGGUCACCCUGUCCCUGCGCUUCGGUGAUGUCAUCGUCACGGCGACAGAGUUCACCUUCUACGACUGUACCGCAGUCAAGCAGCUGUCUGGGAGCGUGCCUUGCCGUGGUUGCGUGUUGAGUCGCUGGGGCUGCAACUGGUGUGUCCACCAGCACACCUGUACCCACAAGCCCACCUGUGACAAGGGGGUCAUCAUCUACAAUGAACACUUUAAACUCCCCACCUCGGCUCCUCCCACAACUAAAGCCGUAACUAUAACAACGACUUCCCCGUCCACAACCGUGGCCCCCACAACAGCAACUGUGCCCCCAACAACGACAACAACAACCACACCCCCAACAACGACAACUACCACAAUUUCAACAACUAUCGCCACGACUACAACAACCGAAGCCGCAACCACCAUAGCGACCACCGAGGAGCCUACGACAACAACCCUGCCUACAACCGUCCCCACAACCACCACCCCAGAGCCGACUACACCGCCCACCACUGUUAUGUCAACGGAGGCCCCCACCACUCUUCCCCCGACAACGGUAGUCGAGGCUACAACGCCCAUGCCUGAGACCACCACCAGUGAGGAAGAGGAGCAAACGACCGCAGAAGAGCUCUUUGCAGAGGCUGAAACUGAAAGUGAAACUGAAGGACCUGUGGUUACCCCUGGUGACAUGGAGCUUGCCGCUGAAACCGAGGUGGCGACAGUUAUGCCUGAAGACGAGCAGCCGUCCGAUGAUCUCGCCAUCCUAAACCCCCUGGCGUUCCCCCCCGAGACAUCCCCAUUGGAAGUGGUCACCGCGUCCCCCCCUCAGGAACUGGACGAGGCUCUGACUCUGGCCAAGCCCCCCAUGGAGGUCCAGCCCACCUCUGGCAGCUACCCCUUCCCGACCCCCUUCCCCCUGUGGGAACCGGCCGACUCGGAGCCCACCUUCCACCUGGACCUGACGGGAGCCCACUUCCCGCCUCCGCUAGAGCCUCUCCCCCCCACUGAGGCGGAGGGCCAGGGCGCCGAACCGGAAGUGCUCCUCUGGCCCAGGGAGGAAGUGGAGGAGGAGACAGAGGGCACAGCGGCUGAGAACGACACCAGCGCCGCGUUUUCGGCCGCCACCGUGCUUUCAGGGGACGGAGAGGCAACUGACUCCCCUUCGGCCUCUGCCUACCCCCGGCUUCUUGGCGCCAACUUAGAGCUGGACUACCAGUACGACUCGUCCGACACCUUCCUGCCGGGGGACGAGGGCUCCUAUGUGAGUUGGGGCUCGUCUGCUUGCCCCUGUGUGGAGAAGGUCCAGGGUUCGCCUCUGUUACCAGUCAGAGUGGAGAGGAAGAUCACGCUACUCGCCCGAAACCUCCACCUGUACCAGGACAGAGACUUGGACUACGAGUGUGUGUUGGUGAUCGAGGGCCGUACAGUGGUGGUGGAUGCCUAUGUGGAGAUGGACGAGAUGAACCCGUCUCUCUUUGACAUCACCUGUCAGCUGCACCAGUAUUCCUACUCUGCCCUGGUGGAGGAGUACAACGCCAUGGUGUACGUGAAGAGGCGGGACACCUUCCACGUGGACAGCUCUCACGAUUUGUAUGUGACUCUGUACAACUGUUCAGUGGGGCGUUCGGACUGUAGCCGGUGUCACACGGCGGACCAGAAGUACGGCUGUGUGUGGUGCGGAGGGGGCCAGUCCACCUGUCUCUACAGAGACUCCUGCAGCGAGCCUAUUGAACAGACCUGCCCCGCCCCCGUCAUCCAUGCUAUCGAGCCCCUGUCAGGUCUGGUGGAGGGGGGCACGGUGGUGACCAUCUCAGGGUCAAACCUGGGCCAGAAGGCUGAGGACAUUCUGCACUCUGUCACUGUGGCUGGGGUUUCCUGCUCUGUCAUCCCCCACCUCUACGAGGUCUCCUCCAGGAUCGUGUGUAAGACUGAAGCCAGCGGGGGAGAGAAGAUGGGCCAGGUGUCAGUAGAAGUGAGCGGGGGAGAGUUUGGCCUCUCCAGCCAGAGGUUCAGUUACCAGGACCCGUUUGUGAUGGAGGUGUCCCCCCAGAGGGGUCCCAUGGCGGGGGGAUCAUCCCUUACCAUCACUGGGAGGAACCUGCUCACAGGACGCCCUUCUGACAUCACUGUCACUGUGGGAGGAGUGCCCUGUGUCAUUUUGUCAAAGGUCCAGGAGGGCAGUGUGGUGUGUGUGACGGGCAGCAGCAAUGGGACGGGAGAGCACCGCGUGACGCUUCGCUAUGGCAACAGCCAGCGCCACCUCCACGAGUCGGCCUACCGCUACACCCCCAACCCCAACAUCACCCAGGCCGCGCCCGCCAAGAGCUUCCUCAGCGGUGGUCGUCUGGUCUUCGUGUCUGGCCAUAACCUGGAUGUGGUGCAGGAACCUAGGAUGUUGGUGACCGUGUCCCCCUAUGAGUCAAUCGGCCAGAGGAAGAGAAGGAGGAGGAGGAGGAGUGGAGGAGAAAGGGAGGAAGAGACUGAGGACAAGGUGCUGUUGAGGCAUCGCAGGAUCGUCCCGGAGCCCGAUUGCCCCGGCGACCCCCUAUGCUCCAUCAAACAGUACAUAGAGCGCUGCGAGGUCAACUCCUCCAGUCUGAUCCUGUGUCGGAGCCCAGCGGUGGAGCCCUCGGUGUGGGGCUCGCGGGUGGACGUGGCCUUUCUCCUGGACAACCUAGUGUUCCCGUUCGGUGCCGUCAGCCCCCAGGGGGCCUUCAGCUAUGAGCCCAACCCUGUGCUGCACCCGCUCAACCAGCAGGAGCCCCUCAAGCCCUACCGCUACAACCCAGGAAGCUUCAUUCAGCUGGAGGGUGAGAACUUGGACCUGGCCAUCUCUAAGGAGGAGGUGGUGGUACUGGUGGGGGAGGGUGUAUGUUCCGUGAAGACCCUCACCAGGAACCACCUGUACUGCGAGCCCCCGCCCCAGCAGCCCGUCCCGGGACCUCCCAACGGCGGCAGGAAGCGCGAGGGCGCCGACACACUGCCCGAGUUCACCGUCCACAUGGGCAACCUGAACUUCUCCCUGGGCAGGGUGCAAUACGACACCCUCAGCCUGUCCACCUUCCCCCUGGAGGCCAAGAUAGGGGUGGGCGUGGGGGCCUCCAUUGUAGCCCUCAUCGUCCUCAUCAUAGUGCUCAUCUACAGGAGGAAGAGUAAGCAGGCUCUGAGGGACUACAAGAAGGUUCAGAUCCAGUUGGAGAACCUGGAGACCAGCGUGAGAGACCGUUGCAAGAAAGAGUUCACAGACCUGAUGACGGAGAUGAUGGACAUGUCCAGUGACCUGGUGGGCUCAGGCAUUCCCUUCCUGGACUACCGGCGCUAUGCCGAGCGGAUUUUCUUCCCGGGCCACCGCGAGUCGCCCCUGCGGAGGGAUCUGGACGUGCAGGAGUGUCGACGGGCCACAGUGGAGCAAGGCCUGGUGCAGCUCUCCAACCUGCUCAACAGCAAACUCUUCCUCACCAAGUUCAUCCAUACUCUGGAGAGCCAGCGGACGUUCUCGCCUCGGGACCGGGCCUACGUGGCAUCUCUCCUGACAGUGGCACUGCAUGGUAAACUGGAGUACUUCACCGACAUCCUCAAGACCCUCCUCAACGAUCUAGUGGAGCAGUAUGUGGCCAAGAACCCCAAACUCAUGCUGCGGAGAACGGAGACAGUGGUGGAGAAGCUUCUGACCAACUGGAUGUCCAUCUGCCUCUACGCGUUCCUCAGGGACUCUGCAGGCGAGUCCCUGUACAUGUUGUUCAGGGCUAUCAAACACCAGGUGGACAAGGGGCCAGUGGAUGCGGUGACGGGAAAAGCAAAGUACACGCUCAACGACAAUCGCCUGCUCCGAGAGGACGUGGAGUACAAGACCCUGACCCUGAACGUGUUGAUGCAGGGUGGGGGGGUGAACGAGACCCAGCCGCUGCCCUCCAAGGUGCUGGACAUAGACACCAUCACCCAGGUGAAGGAGAAACUCCUGGACCAGGUCUACAAGGGCACCUCCUUCUCCCACCGGCCACACACAGACUCCCUGGACCUGGAGUGGAGGUCCGGUGUAGCUGGUCAUUUGAUCCUGUCUGAUGAAGACCUGACAUCUGUUGUCCAGGGCAACUGGAAGCGCCUCAAUACACUACAACACUACAAGGUUCCAGACGGCGCAACAGUGGCUUUGGUCCCGCGCCACAGCAAACACAUCCACCACGACAAUCAUGACUACGUAGCAGGGGAAAAGACGCCCAUGCUGGAGGAUGCGGACGAGGGCGGGGUGAGGCUGUGGCACCUGGUCAAGGCCAGUGAUGAGCCCGAGCUACCCAAGCACCGCCGGGGCAGCGUGAGGGAGAGGGAGAGGGCCAAGGCUAUACCAGAGAUCUACCUCACACGCCUGCUCUCUAUGAAGGGAACUCUGCAGAAGUUUGUAGACGAUCUGUUCACGGUGAUCCUGUCCACCAGUCGUCCCGUUCCGCUGGCAGUCAAGUACUUCUUUGACCUGCUGGAUGACCAGGCGCAACACCACGCCAUCACUGACCCUGAGACCAUCCACAUCUGGAAGACCAACAGUUUGCCCCUGAGGUUCUGGAUCAACAUUGUGAAGAACCCCCAGUUCAUCUUUGACGUCCAGCCCUCGGACCACGUGGACGCCGUGCUGACGGUCAUCUCCCAGACCUUCAUGGACUCCUGCACCACUGCUGAGCACAAGCUGGGCAGGGAUUCACCAAUCAACAAACUGCUGUAUGCCCGAGACAUCCCCCGUUACAAGCAGAUGGUGGAAAGGUACUACGCUGACAUCAGACAGACCAUCUCUGCCAGUGACCAGGAGAUGAACUCAGCUCUAGCAGAACUUUCCAGGAAUUACUCAGGAGAGUUGAAUUACCUUGUUGCCCUGCACGAGUUGUACAAGUACAUCAACAAAUACUAUGACCAGAUCAUCGGGGCCCUAGAGGAGGACAGCAUGGCCCAGAAGAUGCAACUGGGCUACCGGCUCCAGCAGGUCGCUGCAGCCGUGGAGAACAAAGUCACCGACUUGUGACAGCAGAACCACCGACCGAGACCACGCCGGCGAGGGGGACCACAUUAGUGGGUAACCUCACACUGUGAGGUUACCCACUAGAGUGGGGGAGGGAAAUGCAGAGGGGGGAGCAAAAAGCCCCGCCCCUUUUCCACAUUAAGGGCCAAUGGGUGACUGGUGUUUACACACAAACACCCCCUUUGGUGGUGGUGGUGGACACAAACCCUUCUCUCACUCUCCACUGUGGACAAAACAGGAGGGAAAGGGCAGGGGAGACACACACACGGACCAGGUGCCUUUGUUUGUAUGUCCCACCCAUUCAACCUUCAGCCCUGAGUUGGACCACGUUGUGGCAUCUGCAUCUGCCUCUCUUCUAGAACUCUCUGUGGAAGUAGGAGAAUUAUAAGAAGGGGCUUGGGAUAUCUGGAUGUUAUCCGGACGCUAUCUGGACAUUAUCCGGACAUUACAUGAUGUGCCAAUGGAAACGUGCUGAAGUCAACACUCUGUAGUCUCAUAUGAAUGAAUGAAAGAAAUCGUGUAAUAUGUAUCAAAAUGGUGGUUAUAGGGGAAGCUAGAUGGAAAGGACUCACCGGUCACUAUUUUGCUUGAUGGCAUGAUGUGAAGCCGUUUCACAAUGGGAAACACUGAGUGGAUGAAAUUGAAAAAGAUACUUCCAUUCCUUGUGCUUGUGUCGUUGCGUAAUUAGAGGUUGAAUGUCUGUCCAUCUCCCUCUCUUUAAAUGUGCGUGCGUGCAAGGGCGAACUGUCUUGGUUUACACGCCCCGCCCACUGACGCCAUUGUUUUAUAUAAUUGAAGAUAUAUGUUGGGCAUUACUUGUAUGUACCUCCCUCUCUCUUGUGCACAAUUGCCAGAAUUCGGGUUGGAUUUCCCCCCAUUCAAGACAACACAAUUUUUUCACAGCAGAGUGAAAUGUUUUAUUAGCGUUUCAUAAACAUUACACAAAACGACAUCGUCACCAAUUAAUACAGUUGGAUAGGGUCGUUUUCUGUAGGGUCUUGAGUCUCAUCAAUUAUCAGCACUCUCUUCCUCCUUUUACUCAAAUAAAUACUCAAGCUAUCCUCUUAUCUCAUUGAAACUUGUUUCAUGUGAUCACGGUUUGUCUGCUAUGGUAAACCAGAUUGCGCUCUCCCCCUGACUCUCUUUAUGUCAUAACACUAGCUUCGUUCCAUAUCCGUCCAAAUCAUAAGUACAAAUAAUGUAUUUCACACGCACACAUGCAGACACACGCACACAUAGUUCACUCAAUCAUGACACUCUUGAGACAGCUAUUGUAAAAAAAAGAAAUGCUGUCUUUUUUCAAAUCUGUAAUUAUUGUCAUUCCGCUUUUUCAGGUAGCGCCCACGUCCAUACAAAUCUGUGCGUUGUUCAUCUUUAUGUUAUAGGAACGGGAGGAAAAUGUUUUUGUAGGAGUUGAAAUAAACAGCUCUGGGAGGCUGACUAGACUGCAGGACUAAAAUAAUGGUACUGAAAGCAGAGGCAGUCUUUCAAAAGGUACUAAAAAUUGGUGACCGUGUGAAUGAAUUGUUUACUUCGACUUUUUGUUGCUUUUACGCUGUUUAUUUCGAAAGGUAACGGUCACUGGAAGGACACUAGAUCAGAGAUUAAAGAAACAAAUCUCAACUUUAGAAUUUAAUAGUUAAAACAUGUGUCCUACAGACAGUAUUUUAUGGCGUACGUUCUUACAGAUUCCCAUGUUGUACAUUUUUAACAUUCCUUUUUUGUUUUCAACCAAGAAAAUGCUAUUGAAUCAUGAUUUUUCACUUUGUGCUGUUGUAAAGUAGACUACUUAUCUGACAUCAGCGAACGCUCAUUGAUAUGUGUAUUGCAGUUCUUCUAUUGAACACAAGAUGGCAACCGCUCCUAUAUUUGUUGAACUUGUGCUCUAACACAAGUGCACUGCUGUAUUUACUGUCCAUUAAGUUUCACAGAAAAUACUUUGACCUAGUCAUAUUUUCCAAGGUUUGAUUAAAUAUUAGGAUUAUAAAGCACAUUGCCAUUUCUGAACUUUACCGAAAUGAGUUAUCUUAUGAUUUCCCCAUGGGCUAUGUUAUUCAUCAUUUGCUCACAUCGACAUUCUCUAUUACACAACAGCCUUAUUUUAUAAAGCUAGAUUGCAUCCCAAAUGGCACCCAUUUAGGGUUAGGGUUAUAGAGAUCUGGUCAAAAGUAAUGCAUUAUGUAGAGAAUAUGGGGCCAUUUGAGACGCAUCCCUAGACUUAUCAUUCUAUUCCACAGAGCUUUAAUAGUUUGUUGGAAGUUAGGAUGAAAUCCUUUGGUAAAGCUACGUACCAAGCAACAACGUUAUCACAUGAAUUGGAGGUGUUGCAUGAAUGUUAACUACACAUAAGCCCUAACUGACUUAUGGAUGAAGUUUGACACCACCCUCCUGGUAGGCUAUAUCUUUAUAUGAGGGUGCACUGUUGGCUUUCUAGUGAGUAGUGACCAAAAAGAGCCUGACAAUGAGUCGGCAUAUCAUUUAACUGUAAAACCCAAUCACGUGUCUUCCUGUUUGGAUAGCCAAUAAUUUCCAAGAGAGAGGCACCUUUUUUAACAGAUGUGUAUGGAGUGUAUUCGUUACACGCUAUUGUGUAGGUUCUCCAGUUUGAUGCUGUUUCAUGUGCACCACCAUUGUCCCUAGAUUGCACAGUAUAAGUGAGUCAUAGUAGCCUAUAGGUUAACAUCACACUACUUACCACACGCAACUGUCUCAUUUGAAAGGACAAUUUGUACUGUCAUAUGCUUUUAAUGUAGACAAAUAUGUAUGAAGCCUUAUGAUGGAGUGACCAUGAUGGUGGAGGUCAUUUGAGGGAAAAACUAACUAUUGUUAGGCUGUAUAAAUUCAGCUAUGUAGAGCAGGCUCUGCAAUGAGCAAUUUUUAAGGAGGGUUCUUAUUUUGUCUGUUAAUAUCAUUGUACAUAAUGAUUUUAAUGUAACUUGUAGCGACUUAAUCUGUUUAAUAAGAGAGUGUAAAUUCUUACAGAAGGUGAGGUAAUAAAGUAUUCAUAAAAUCA